AGCCUAUACUGAGUGACUGGGUGACAUGCCAAAGUCCUCUCGGUGGAUAUUGUCUGCUCCUCAUUUUUUCACAUUGUUUGUGUUGAAAAGCUAUUUUAUCUCAUUAUGAGUAUUUGAUAAUGAUUUGUGACAUCAUCAGUUAUGAUGCAGAUAACUGUAUUUUUCUUUUUUCUUUUCGUCGUUCAGGUGUCUCCAGGUGUGACAGGUGUUGUUCAGCACACAGUGAGAACAAAGGAAGGAGAUACCGUUACUCUGCAGACACAGGACACUGGAAGCAAGGAUAGGAUCACAUGGCUUUUUGAGGGGAAAAUGAUAGUGGAGAGUCCAGCCACAAAGGGAGAUGUCUACAAAAAUGAUACAGACCCAUUUAAAGGCAGACUGCAGCUGGAUAAUCAGACUGGAGCGCUCACUAUCAGAUCUGUUAACUCUGAUGCAGGCAUAUAUAAACUACAAAUCUUAAAAAAAGGAGUCAUGUCCACUUGGGAGUUCAACUUCUCUGUGUACGCUCCUGUAAGGUCUCCCACCUUCAGAAGGCGAAUUUCUCAGAAAUCCUCUCAGUGUGCAGUGGAGUGCUAUGUGAAGAAUGGCAGUGAGAUGAGCCUGUCUUGGUACAAAGGGAAUGAGCUGCUGAACGAAACCAGGGUCCAGACGGACCCUGCUGUCACUCUGAUGACUGAGCAAGAAGAUAACGGCACCUACUUUUGUUUGGCUUCUAAUCCAGUCAGCAAUAUAAAAAUCCAACUCAACAUUUCUGAGGUCUGUGUCCAAGCUUUAGACAUUGCCACAGGUUCUACAUUCCUACAAGUCCUUGGAGGGCUAUGCAUAAUUCUGCUGGUUGGCCUCCUUGUGAUGGCAUUAUAUUGUAUACAAAAGAGAAUCUCCGUAAUUAAGUUUGAAGCUGACCACAGUGUUGAAGAAAUAAACUAUGUUGAUAUCAACAUUCCGGGAAAUGCAUUAAAACCCAAUGUGCAAAUCGAGUUCACCAGAGAAACUGAAACAGAGAAGUUGGUGCAGUGCUCAGAUGACAUGUUCAGAGUAGUAAAACAAGCAGCAGUAAGAUAUAAUGAAGCCAAUCAUUUCUUUAAGCUGGUUGAGUCUUUUCUUCCUUCUGACCCUGCCUGCCCUCCAAGCUCUACCUGUCACCACACCAACCACCACCAAUCUGUUACUAACACCAGCAGUCAACUUAAUACAACCCUCAGGCAGUUCAGAAACUCACAACAAUACAACUAAUAACACAUUACCCUCCAUUAUUAACCCCAAUAACAGGACCCAAGAAUCCAACCAUUCCACUAUAGAGCCGGCGAGGGCCUCCAAAACCCAGGUGACUACAACAACAAACAAUCCCAGAACCAUUACUCCUGCCGGAGCAACUACUGCCACAGCAACUUCUACCACAACAACUACUACCACCACAGCAACUACUACUACUACCACAAAGGCUCAGACCUCAGAAAUAGGGGGAGCUGGCACGGCCGUGGUGCUGGUAGUUAUUGUGCUAGUGCUUUUGGUUGUCUUGGUGAUCGUCUUCAGGUGGACGACCCGGCAGAAGGGCAGAGUAGGGGAUGCCGCCCGUCGCUUCUCCACAGGCGUGCAGGGGCAACUGAGGAGAGUCGUCACGGCGAUUGAGGGAUGUCUAGGUGUAAGUCUGUGGCCUCAGAAACGGAUGGAGAAUGAGGAGGGGGGAGAGGAGGAGGAGAUGAAUGAGAACAACGAUGCAGCAGGAGGCAGGAAGGUACAGAGAAGUAGCCAGGAAGAUGAUGAUGAGGAGGAAGGGGACCAGAGAGAGGAGGAUGGCGACUCUUCUGAUGACUAUUCAAGUCUGGAAGGCAUGGAUCUCCGGGAACGAGCCAGACAGAGACAGGAGGAAGACGGGAACAGUGAAGAGAGGGAGAGAAAGACAGAAGCAGAAGAGGAGCUGACGUCGGUUGCCCUGGACGAGGAACACAAGGAGGGGGACGGGGGGAUUGAUGUGACCGAACUGUGAAGUAACCGGUGACCAGAUAGGAGGAAUAUUUAGCAUUUGUUUUUUUUUGAAAAAGGAACAUUUUAAUGUUUGAGUAUUUCAAAAUUUGAACAUUGUUCUCAGCUGAGAUGUAUCGUAAAAGCACCUAUUACCGCCCCUUUCGUUCGAAAAUUCUAAAAUGAUAUUUUUUAAUACUUCAAAAUAACAUUUGAUAAAUGAACCUUACAUUUUUCAGUAGCCAUAGGUGUGUAGAUUUUAACAAAAUCUGCUUUGGUUCUUACGGGGGCUUUUACUGCCUGAAAUAUUGAUUUUGUUUACCACGCUCAGAGUUUAGUGCUGCCCUUUCACACGGCACAUCAACGGUUAGACCAAGAAUUCUUGUCGCAAAUCAAAAUUACACUGGAGCUCUUACAACACUGUUUACAGCUCUUCGAGUCAUGGUAAAAUUUAAUUUUUGGUACAUAGCUAAUUUAGAUACACUUACGGUGUGGGUGCUUGCGCUUCUUUAGGAAUCUGCCGUCUUGGUUUGUAUAGAAAUGAAUAUUAAGUGACACAUACACAAGACGUUGGAAAUAGGAGACAGGUGGUAAUAGGAGACGUUCCGAUAUGUAUUUUAACCCUCAUGUAGAGUUUGACCAAUCUUUGUUUUAUUUUAAUGUUUGAAUAUUUCAAUAUUGUUGUCAGCUGAGAUGUAUGUAUUUUAACCCUCAUGUAGAAUUUUACCAACCUUUGUUUCAAUUAAUAAAGUGAUAUUUACAUUCACUUUUA